AUGGAUCAGGGAAUAAUACAAAAUUUCAAAACAUUAUACCGCAAAGAAAUUAUUCGAAAAAUUGUUUACGAUAUUGAUGAAGGCAAACCAUGUUCAAUAAAUCUAUUACAAUCCAUGCGUAUGUGUGAAAAAGUAUGGCGUAAUGUACAACCAAGUACAAUUGUCAAUUGUUUCAAAAAAGUUGGAUUCUAUUUUAAUGAUGAGCAGUUUGAUGGUGAUGGUUUAGAAAACAAUGACGAUGAUGAUGGUGGAUAUGAUUGGCAAAUUGUAGCAGAUAAACUUAAUAUAGAUCAAGAGUUUACAUUUCAAUCAUAUGUUACAAUCGAUGAUAAUGUUGUAGUCAGUGGAAUGUUAACUGAUAAAGAAAUCAUGGGUAUAAAUAUAUCAAAUAGUGGUUCCAAAAAUAAUGAAGAUGAUGAGCCUGAAACAACUUUAAAUAUGAUUACGGCGAACCAAGCAAUGUCAUCAUUACAAACUGUUAGACAAUUUGUUGAAUCUGUCGAAGGCGUGGAUACUUCUAUUUUCGAAUCCAUAGACAAAUUAGAAGAUUUUGUCAAUAAACAGCCAAAAAACCAAAAAUUAAUAAUACAUUAUUUUUCUACUGUAUCUACUGUAUAA